AUGGAGACUCAUAGUCAAAUGCUAGUUAUGGUAAAUCGCUGUAUUGAAGAAAAAGUGUAUUUACAGGUAGCCAUUGUCGGUUUUAUAGAAAAUAAUGGCUUGAAUACUGAAGAAACUAGUGCAGCUUUGCAAAAUCUCAAUAAACUUAAAGAAUUGGAAGUACAAAAGUACCUCACUGAUAAUAAAUAUUUCCUAGAAAUUGCUUUAAUGACUGAAGUUAGUAUCUCCACCUUAAAAAGAAUUAACUAUGAAGGCAAAGUAAACCAGGGAAUAUUGAGCACCCCCGCAAAAAAAUGCCCUCACAAAGCGACAGAAAUAAAAUUAAUGAAUAUUAUACAUUGUAAUGAAUAUAUUUAAGGGAAAGCAUUGCAUUCUCAGGGUGUAGAGAAACAUAAGACGAGACAAACACCAGAUAUUAUUGGUCAAUGGAUUUGUAUUUAAGCAAAGUAAAUACCAACGUUCUCUGCUCACGAUACGACGACAUCAAGGCUUGGCGACAUAAGUUCUUGAGGAUUAAAGCUUCAAAGCGUGAACAAGGUAAAAAAAUGU